AUGGACUUCAAGCGAACCAACUCCAGCCGAAUGGCGCCGAGCUCCGGCCGCUCCGUGCCGCCCCGCCCACCCACCGCCGGCACUCCGCUGCGGACCACGACGCCCAUGCGAACAGCGACGCCCGGCCCAGCGGGAAGCGCCAGCGGGCGACAAGCCACCGGCUCGGCGACCCCAAUGUCGCAGCGGCCCCCACGACCAACAAGCGGGGCACCAUCGUCAGCACGUCAAACAGGACCAGGACUCCCUCGCCCAGAUAGCUUCAGGCGUACAGGAACAAAUGCCAGUAUCUCUUCUGUGAAUACCAGUCUCUACAAUAAUAAUAAUAAUGCUACGCCCAUGAAACAACUCUCAGGCAAGACUGGUGGAAACGGACGUGUUAAUGUUUAUGCACGUGUACGUGCUUUUGCAGCGAAUGAAACUGCAGAGGAUCAACGACAGUUGGCAGUACGCAUGAAGGAUGAUACUGUUGAUAUUCAGGUACCUAAAAAGGGAAGAUUUACUUUUACCUUUGAUGGAACGUUUUGGAGUAAUGAUAUGGCCAGUGAAAAAUCCUUUUCUUCCCAGGAAGACGUUUUUGAGGUUAUUGGAAGACCAUUGGUUGAAAAUGCACUGGCAGGAUAUAAUGCUGCCAUCAUGGCAUACGGACAGACUGGCAGUGGUAAAACAUAUACAGCAUUCGGACCUGCAAAUUCGCUUGGUUCAUCAGAUCAAGGUCUUAUUCCACGUGUAUGUGAAAUGAUAUUUGAACGUGCAGCCGCCAGUUCACAGAAAGGUAUUACGUACCGUGUAUCUGUAUCUAUGUUAGAGGUAUACCUGGAAGAUGUCUUUGAUUUACUUAAUCACCGUAAAAUGGUAACAAUUCGAAAUAACUACGGUGACAACUCUUUCCAUGUGGUUGGAGCAAAGGCUGUUCCUGUACGUCGUUAUGAGGAUGUGUCUGCCUUGUUAAAGAAAGCAGAGCCAUUACGUACUUUUGCUGCCACUGCUAUUCAUGAUCGUUCCUCUCGUGCUCAUACCUUGUUUCAGCUUGAGGUUCAGACCAAUUUUGAAUCCGCAGAUAUCGCACCACGUGCUUCCAAGAUUCUUCUCGCUGAUCUUGCCGGAAGUGAACGAAUUAAAUUGGCUCAUACAGAAACGGGUCUCCCUUUUGAACAAGCACGUAACAUUAACUUGUCCUUGCUCGCACUUGGCUCCUGUAUUGAGGCUGUCGCCACUCGUAAGGGGUACAAUCAAAAUAUUCCAGAAUUUCGUAACAGUACGUUAACUAAACUUCUAAAGGAAUACCUUGGAGGAAACAGUGUGUCAGCAAUGGUGGUUACCAUCGCACCAAGUGUUCGUGAUGCCCAUCUUAGUGUACAAACACUACGUUUUGCAGAUCGCGCUAAACAAAUGACAACACACGCAAAGAUUAACACCGUAAAGCCUGUUGAUGCCAGGGAAGAUGAUGCAGAUAAGCUCAGUGAAGAGUUACGAGAUGCCUACCUCAAAAAGAAGGAGGCACUCUUUGCGGAAUUCCAAUUACAGAAUACUAUUGAGCAGUUGCUAAAGAAGAUUGCCAUUUUGGAAGCACAACUCAUGGAAGCUACGGAUGAUGAAAUCAUCGCUCGACUGCAAGAGGAACUUGAAGGCUACCAGAAGGCUCUCGCUGAUGCUGACGCACAAUUGCAGGAGCAGCGUCGUAUCCUCUAUCCUAAUGAAGUGUUACUGGAAGAGGAGAUGAAGGAGCUCAAUACAAAGAUGCAAGAGAUGAAGGAGGAACAUGAGGAUGCUAUGGAAAUGCUUAUGGCUGAGGAUCUUCAUAAAUAUACUGAAAUGAUGAAGGAAAAGCAGUCUCAGCAUGAUCAGGCGAUGUCCCAGAAAGUCGGUGAGUAUGAAUCUGAGCUGGCCAGACUCAGGCAAUUGUUGGAUGAGGCCAACGCUAAAAUUGAACAACUCACUGCAAAACUUUCCCACAAGAAGGAAGAGUUACGUAAGAGUGAUAAUCAUAUUGAAGAAUUGCAAGCUGCGUUAAAAGAAUUGGAAGAUGCAUCUGCUGAUAUGGAGGCUGAACUCCAGAAACAAGUCCAGAACCUGCAAGGUGAAUUGAACCGGGUAAAUGCUGAACUUAAAGAAAAACAAAAUGCGUUUGAUGCUGCUAUGGCUAACCGUGAAGAAGUCAUCCGUGUUCUUGAGGCUGAUCUAGAAGCACGUGGAAAACAAUUUGAGGAAACAGCAGCCGCGCUCAAUGCUCUAGAGGAGCGUUAUGCCAAUGAGACACAGAUUGCUGAAGAGAAACAAGCCAACCUCCAAUCUCAAUUGGAAGACAUGGAAUCCGAGUUGACAACAACAGAAGAAAAACUUGUGGUGACACACGACGCUCUGAACGAACUUCAACAGCGCCAUGCCAAUGAGACGAAAGCUGCUGAGGAAAGGCAGACGGAACUGCAAUCACAGCUGGAGAACAAACAGGCUGAACUG